ACAUGGAGACUUCCGCCACUUUGGGACCAGUUUGACCCAGUUGUGAGUCCUCCAGACAAAAAAAAUAUAUAUAUAUUAAACUAGAACCACCGAGAUGGACCAAGCACCGAGUCCUCCUCCUAAAUCGACCCAGCACGAGCCCAUCAGCUUCGGUAUCGAUCAGAUCCUGGGAGCCGGUACUGAGUCAGACAACGGGUCCGGAAGACAUCGCGAUGUGAGCGGCGGGGACGGUUACUACAGUUUAACGAGCUCGACCGGGACCAGCGCGCCUUCCUAUACGGCUCUGUCCAUCUCCCUGUCCGGCGUCAUGGCCCCGGUCGAGGCGUCGGGCACGUACGGAGAGAGAAGGAGUGUGGGAAGCCGAGGAGUGAUUCGAGUGCCGGCCCACAGACCGGCGACAGCUCCGGGACCGCAAGCUCCGGUUCAGAGUGCAGUGCCCGGCUUUGGAGGGCUGUGUUUCCCCUGGAUAGGAAACCGGUUCGCUAAGGAAAGGAUAUCCGCAGCUCUGGUUCCAUUCUCGGUGACACGGCGGAUAGGCCACCCGUACCAGAACCGCACGCCCCCCAAAAGGAAAAAGCCCCGCACGUCCUUUUCAAGAGUGCAGAUAUGCGAGUUGGAGAAACGUUUCCACCGCCAGAAGUACCUGGCCAGUGCCGAGAGAGCCGCCCUGGCCAAGAGCCUCAAAAUGACUGACGCCCAGGUCAAAACCUGGUUCCAGAACCGCAGAACCAAGUGGAGGAGGCAGACGGCGGAAGAGCGGGAGGCGGAGCGCCAGCAGGCCAAUCGGCUCAUCCUGCAGCUGCAGCAGUCCGCCCUGCACAAGUCCCUGGGCGAAUCCGCCGUGUCCGACCCGCUGUGUGCUCACAACUCCUCCCUCUAUGCCUUGCAGAACCUGCAGCCCUGGGCCGAGGACAGGGAAUAGCGACGUGACACCAGGUUUCAAAUCGAUGGGCGUCAUCUGUUAUUCCGAAUAGGACGACGAGAUCCGCUUUUUGGGGCGGGGGGCCAUGUGAGGACUUUAAAUCUGCGUGUGAACUUUGAUUGAUGGGACAUUGCAAGACAAACUGGUGAGUGGAUGGGGGACAUUUGAGCGAUGAAAUUGGACCUUGGAUAUUUUUGCGAGGGUGAGUGACGUCAUCCCGAAGAAAAUGGGACUUCAUUUUUCACCUCUGAGACUUUUUCAUACAUCCCCCAGAAAUAAAAGAAUCGAAGGGGAUAAAAGUGCUCAAAAUAUUUCAUAACAUAGUCAUUGUCUUCCAAUGUGUAUUUAUCCUUUUUUUAUUAGGGAGAUUACGUGGCACCAGCCAAUAGAAUGUGUACAAGUGAGGUAUUACUCGAUAUCUCAUGACAUCUCAUGAAUUUAAAGGACACAUUUAAAGGUGAAAUGAGCCUAUCGGCUCUUUUAUGAAAAGGUUAACAGCAAAUGAGGUAGUCAGACACAUGCACUAAAAUUUAGUGUGUCCUGUCAAACCAAACAAAAAUAUAAUUCACAUAAAUGUUUUGAAUUGUACUGCACUUAAAGCCUCACUAGAGCUCAUUUAUCUAAGGAUUUAUCCCAUUUAUUUACAGGGCACCAACACAAUCACUUGUAUAUAUGACAUUCGGUGCGCCCAAAAUGUUACACGGUAAAUACAAUUAAAGAAAUUGAGCAAAGAAGAGGCUGUAUGUUGAGUAAUAAAGGUGAUGCAUGUUCAAUGUUUAUUUGUCCUUGUAAGGACGUUAAUAUGUUUUGUGGGCCAAAAAAGGAUGUAGGCUACAGUGUUCUUUUUUGUACUUUUAUUGUGUGGAGAACGGUAUAAAUACAAAUGUUUUGUGACCAAAUUUUAGGUUUCAUCAUAUCAUCAAAAGGUUUCAAGACACAACAAGGUAACCAAUGAUUUUGCAAUUGUUUUUUUAAAAACGUUUAUUGAUAAAUUUUUCUUUUUCUUCUUAUUCUUUUUUUUUUUACAACAAUUCGGUGCACGCAAAAUCAUCUGGACAGUUUUUAUGUUGUCCAUCGGUCAUUACUGCUGUCCCCAUAUCUGGAUGAGCUGCCAAACUGUCGCACUGGAGCCUGUUCUCAUGAGAAUUUAAUAGGAUUUCUAUGAAGAGUGGUGCGGUGAAGUUGAAAAUGAAGUCAUUUUGAGGGUGGUGGGAUGCGUGCUUAAAGCAUAGUUUUUAUU